AUGACCAUAUCCGCACCCCAGCGACCUCCUCCUCUCCAAACAGGCUCAACGCCACCAGCCUCCACGCACAAAUCUCAGAUUCGUGAAAAGGUUUGGGAAGAAUUACGCCAUGUAGCUAUCCCAGACUCGAGAUUCGACCACGACUACUCUUCAUUCAUAUGCGAUUUCGUGGGUUCCAAUGAUGCAGGUCGUCACUUAAUUAAUUUAGACUGUUAUAUGUCUGCCGAAACGAUAUUUAUUGCUCCCGACAAUUGUCUGCAAGAACUGCGAUGCCAGGCGCUGAAAGAUGGGAAGAUUGUCAUUUGUACAACGUAUGGGAUUAGAAGGGGAUUUUUCCUGCUGAAUCCUAAGGAAAUUCCGGAACGCAAAUGGGAGGUUGCGAGUUAUUUGGAUGGAAUGGAAAGAUAUGGGAGACAUGUUACAUUGACUGCGAUACGAAGCGAAGGAUUAAGAAUACCAUUGAUGGUAACCGGAACCGGCGCCAUAAAUUACAAAGGUCUUCGAUUUGGAAAGGGUCAUGGAUUUUUCGAUUUAGAAUGGGGAAUGUUAUACUCGAUAGGGGCUGUGAAUAAGGAUACGAGAAUAAUAGCGCUGGUUCAUGAAUGUCAGGUAUUGGAGGAAGAAUUCAAAGGCGAUCAAUGGGAUACGGGAUGCGACUAUGUGAUUACGAAUAAAAGAGUGAUUACUGUUGCUGGAGCGGCAAAACCGGGUUAUGGCAUUAUAUGGGAUAAAUUGGAUAGAGGGAUGCUGGAGGAUAUCGAGUCGCUGAGAGAGUUGAAGAAUAUCAUCUCGCCGCCGGAAUUGAAAUCUCCGCAGGAGCAUAUGGAUUUCUCGGAAGAGGCGAGGUUGUAUAUGGAUUACGCAAGUUUUGAUUUUUAG